AUGAGGACCGGGAUUUCCCCCCCAGCCCCGCGCGCGCCGGCCGGGGGCACGCGCCGGCCGCCGCUUCCGGGUGCGCCCGCGCCCCCCAACGUGACUCCCGGUGGGCGGGGCGGGGGCGGGGGCGGGGCCUGGGGCUCUCGCGUCGCCAUCGCCGCCGGGGCCGGCUGCCUGCGGGCCUCCGCGGCGCGCGAUGGCCGCUGGGAGCUGCAGUCCCGCGGUGACGCGCUAGGCCGUGUCACGGAGGCGGGAGGGGGGGGAGUUACCGGGGCGGGCGGCGCCGCCAGCGAGGCCUUGUCGGCGGCGGGGGGAGCGCGCGCUCGCCAUGUCCUGCCACAGCUGCGCCCGCCGCCGCCCGCCUGCUCGGCUCCACGCUGCCUCCGCGCCGCCAGAGGUAUUACGUGUGGUCGUACACGCAUCCCUGUUUUAGGAAAACUUGGGACUUUUGAAACUUGUUCCCUAAAACGAAUUCCUCUUAGGAACUUUUCAGAAACACCAGCAUAUUUUGCUUCAAAGGAUGGUGCGAGCAAAGAUGGUUCUGGAGAUGGAAACAAGAAAUCUGUUGGAGAGGGUGGGAGUAAAAAGUCAAGCUCUGGAAACUCUGGGAAAGGAGGGAACCAGCUGCGCUGCCCGAAAUGUGGUGACUUGUGCACACAUGUGGAGACCUUUGUGUCUUCCACCCGUUUUGUGAAGUGUGAGAAGUGUCACCACUUUUUUGUUGUACUGUCAGAGGCAGACACAAAAAAGAGCAUCAUCAAAGAGCCUGAGUCAGCAGCAGAAGCUGUGAAAUUGGCAUUCCAGCAGAAGCCACCACCCCCACCGAAAAAGAUUUACAACUACCUCGACAAAUACGUUGUUGGUCAGUGUUUUGCCAAGAAGGUGCUUUCAGUUGCUGUGUAUAAUCAUUACAAGAGGAUCUACAAUAAUAUCCCAGCUAACCUGAGGCAGCAAGCAGAAGUUGAAAAGCAGACUUCUUUAACUCCAAGAGAAUUAGAAAUCAGAAGACGGGAGGAUGAGUACAGAUUUACAAAACUGCUGCAGAUUGCUGGAAUCAGUCCCCAUGGGAAUGCUUUGGGAGCAUCAAUGCAACAACAAAUGAACCAGCAGAUACCUCAGGAAAAACGGGGAGGAGAAGUACUAGAUUCACCCAACGACGACAUAAAACUUGAAAAAAGUAAUAUUUUGCUACUUGGACCAACUGGAUCAGGUAAAACCUUGCUGGCUCAGACUCUGGCUAAAUGCCUGGAUGUACCCUUUGCUAUCUGUGAUUGUACUACCUUGACCCAGGCUGGCUAUGUUGGGGAAGACAUUGAAUCUGUCAUUGCAAAACUCCUGCAAGAUGCCAACUACAACGUAGAAAAAGCCCAGCAGGGAAUUGUCUUUCUGGAUGAAGUAGAUAAGAUUGGCAGCGUCCCUGGUAUUCAUCAGUUACGAGAUGUUGGAGGAGAAGGUGUUCAACAGGGCUUGUUAAAAUUACUUGAAGGCACAAUAGUAAAUGUUCCAGAAAAGAAUUCUCGUAAACUCCGCGGAGAAACGGUGCAGGUCGACACAACAAACAUCCUCUUCGUAGCUUCUGGUGCUUUUAAUGGUCUUGACAGAAUUAUCAGCAGGAGGAAAAAUGAAAAAUAUCUAGGAUUUGGGACACCAUCUAACAUGGGGAAAGGCAGAAGGGCUGCAGCAGCGGCUGAUCUUGCCAACAUAAGUGGGGAGUCAGAUCCACAGGAAGAUAUUGAGGAGAAAGAUCGCCUGCUGCGCCAUGUGGAAGCCAGAGAUCUCAUAGAGUUUGGCAUGAUUCCUGAAUUUGUGGGACGUUUGCCUGUGGUGGUUCCUCUGCACAGCCUGGAUGAGAAAACCCUCGUACGGAUUCUCACGGAGCCCCGGAACGCUGUGGUCCCUCAGUACCAGGCUCUGUUCAGCAUGGACAAGUGUGAAUUAAAUGUAACUGAGGAUGCACUGAAGGCUAUAGCCAGACUGGCCCUGGACAGAAAAACUGGUGCCAGAGGUCUUCGAUCUAUAAUGGAAAAGCUGCUGCUGGAGCCCAUGUUUGAAGUGCCCAAUUCUGACAUCGUUUGUGUGGAAGUUGACAAAGAUGUUGUAGAAGGCAAAAAAGAGCCAGGAUACAUUAGGGCUCCCACUAAAGAGUCAUCCGAGGAGGAAUACGACUCUGGUGUGGAGGAGGAAGGCUGGCCCCGACAGGCAGAUGCUGCAAACCAUUAAACACUGUCAGAAUGGUCACCUGCAUAAAGCUCGCUGGGUUCUUUCCUUACGAUUGCCUCUGGAUUCAGGCUGAUCCUAAAGGACUGGAUCUGUCUCAGAUACGAUACGUGAUGAGGAACUUUAUCAGCUAAAUCAGAUCGUGUAUCUUAUUGCAGCAUCACCUUGAUUUGAUGGACAGUGUGGACUGGGAUGGCAUAAUGCUCAAAUAUGAAUUGUAUAUUACACUUGUUCAAUUAAAAUGUAUAGCAAAUACAGCAGCACCUGCACUGCUCUUGGCAGAAACUAAACCAGCAGCACAGGUGCUGCCAAUACUUAGAUUUUACAAUAAUGUUACUCUACAAAUGGGAAAUCAAAAUUAAUAAUUAGUAGAGGGUGAGUAAACUAUCUUAGCUCCUCGUACGGCUCACAGGGGUUUGUUUGGGUCAGUGUUAGAUUCCUGCUGGUGUUUGAAACCCAACGGGUGCUGGAGUGACUUGUUACAUUGGUGGGGGAGGAAGCCCUUUUGGAAAAACUGGGACACACUUUAUGACACUGCUGGGAGAUUCUGCUAAAAUGUGACACUGGUUUGUUACAGUAAUUUAAAUAUCCAAUAAUACCGUUCACGUCUCCAUUGGGAGUUAAGCUUUAGUCACCUUGGAUACUGUGAGAGAAGGUGAAGUCAGUAAUUUGCUAAUUCUCCAGAGGGGUCAACGAGGUUCCUCGGAACAAGCAGUAAAACCAUCUGAAUUUGGACGAGAAGUCGCCAUAAAUUUUUAAAUAUUAAUGUUCUAAUAUAGUACAUUUUGUUUAACGUAUUGGAACUAUCAUGCAUCAAUUUUUUGGUGCCAGCUAUUUGCCCAACCUAUCUUAUAAUGUUAAGAGAUGAAAAAAGUAAAUGUAUAAUAUUUUUGCUGUAAUCAGUAGUGAUUGUUCACAGGAUACAGUGCUUUUUAAGUUAUAUUCUCAAAUGCUAGUAUUGCAUCUUGUGGGUUUGUCUUUGAUUUUUAGUCUCACAGCAAAGAGAUUCUCCCUCUUCUGUUCUCCACCAAAAUGAAUUCAAUCCUUUAGGAAAGUCUUUGUAAAAACACUAAAGGACCUGUAUGUUUUUGAUUUGUUUCAGGAAUUAAAAUUGUCGCUUACAACUUUGUUUUGUCCUUUGGUGAUAACGUGGACUUGAGUUUCCCUAAAAUUUUAACUCACACUAUUUAAAUAAAACUUUCAUCCUUCUUUUCAGUCUAGUGAAUGGUUUAGGACAGGAAAGGAUACCGAAAAUCUAUUGACCCUGUUUUUGUUGUUAAUUUUUGUCAUGUAAAUUUUAUGUACUGCUCGUUCUUCCCUAGCAGCAGUGUGACAUGCAGCUGUAGCCAGGUGCAACAGAUACUUCCCUUAGGAUUUCAGGGUUUUUUAGGUUAAAUGACCCACUAAUGGUUCAGAAAAAGCUGCAUUUGGAUUUGAGGAUAUUUCUAGAAGCUUAGUCCCCCCAAAAUGGGAAUCUGUGGUGAAUUAUCUGUAACUGCAUCCUCACUUUCCUUUUUGUAGAGUGAAAAAAUAUAACAGCUUUUAAUUCUGAAUCCUUUAACUCAAAUCCUUUUUUAAACAGAUUGAAAAAAAAAACAAAACAAAACAAACAAAAAAAAAAAACCAACCCACGACAUUUUAGGUGAAACUGUUCAACAACUUAGUUUUGAAAGUUGUUUGGAAUUCUGUAACCCAAGAACUGUUUUUAAGGAAAACAAAAAUGCCGUGUAACUACAGUUUGUACUUCACCUCUGGCGUUUGAAUAAAAGCGAAUAUUCAAGCAGCGA